GUUGUAGCAGAGCAGCCUGGCAGCAGAAGUAGCAAUGACAAGGAACAAAGAGUAAGGCACGUGAAGCCCCAAAUUACGGACAUCCCGUGAACGCGUCACCUUGAGCUGCAGACACGUCCGAUUACCUCAGAGAGAACCGUGACGACAAUGAGACAGCAGUAAUUUGACCCACAGGUAGAGCCACGCGGAUUAAAAACAUGAUUAGCAGGCGAUGACAGCGGCAUUUACGCUCGAGCUGUACCGAUUCCUAAAGCUCAGAGUCAAAAGGGUCGCUAACGCUGAAUCCACCCGGUGAACCAAUUCAUUCUUCUUCAAGCGAAAAGUGCGUCUCCAACGUUGGACCUGAAUGGCUAAACUACCAGGAAAUGCCGGUGUGUCGGUGAUCGGGGACAAGUCGCUGGAGUUCUACCGGGAUCCGGUGAGUUUCUGCCAGAAGAGGAUCGAGAAACACCGGAGCAGAGUGUUUCAGUGCCGCGUGCUGAAUAGACCGACCGCCUUCGUCUGCUCCGUGCAGGGGAUGAGAGAGCUGCUGUGCGAGAAGUCCAACGUGUUUCUGAAGGAUCCAACUGACUUGAUGACCAACAUGUAUGGAGACACCAUGGUCACCACUAACGGUGAGGAGGCGUGUCUUCUCCGUCUGUCUCUCACCAGCCUGUUCACAGGAAGUUGCUUGAAUGAAUCUAAUGAUUACAUCACCAGUGUAUGUGAGCGCUGUCUGAAGGACCUCUCUCUCAGUGGCCAGCCACAGUGUGUGUAUUCUGACUUUAAGCGUUUGGGGACAGAGUUGGUGUUGGGCCUUUUUAUGAACGUACGAGCAGAAGAGCAACCUGAACUUUUCCAGGAAAUCAUGCAGCUCUGCACCCAGCACUGGCAUGGUCUGAUCUCCGCUCCGGUCAAUGUGAAAGUUCCUCUGUGGUCGUCGGGUUUCUCCACCGCUAUGGAAGCCAGAGACAGACUGAUGGAAAUCAUCAAAGACAAACUGGAGAAUGACAAACAGGGUUUUGUCGGCUCCCUCGGUUCUUUGCCGCUACCCAACUCCAGCUCUGCCUCCCAGCAUCUCCUGCUGUUCAUCUCAGCUCUGAUCCCCAAAGCGCUGGCGUCGCUGCUCACCUCCUUCACACUGGCGCUCAGUGGAAACCGACAGGCCCGUCGGCGAGCGUUGGAAGACCCUGAUUACCUGCACACGGUGCUGCUGGAGGUUCAGAGACUUUGGCCUCCUUUCAUUGGUGGACGCAGAAUAGCUGAUCAGGUAGGACUGGGUUGCAUUCUAUUAAUUAAUAAGAAUGCAGGCCAGGAGCACUUCCUGUGUUCCUUCGGCAACGGGCCCAGAAGCUGCAUUGGAACUAAACUUAACGAUGUCUUCCUGAAGGAAGCGUGCCUGUACCUGUUAAAGAACUACGACUGGUGUUUGGACCCUCCAUCGCAGGACCUUGAGUACAAAUGGCUGCCUGUGUCUCGCCCGGCCAACCCCCCCACCAUCUCCUUCACCCGACUCGAUCGUACCAGAUCUGAUGGUAGCGACACCAGCUAGGGAUGCACAGUAUGUUUAGUGAUGUAGCUGCUGAUAAGUUGGGGGGGGGGGCAAAGAAAUACAUAUAAGCACUAAAAACUAGCUCGAGGCCCCCCCCCGCUGCAUAUGAUAGAGUAAUCAUCCUGGGAAAGCCGAGGAGUGUGCUGGUUUCACUCUGUGUUGCUCUGCCAGAUAUUCAGCAGCUUUGCUUGAGGAAUCUGCAACAAAACACGAACUAAAUGACUCAUAAUCGUUCUCCUAUUGCUGAAUCUGACACUGCUAGACAGCAUUUUUUUUGGUCAGUUUUUUUUAAUUUUUUUUUUUAAAUGAGUCAUUUAUGAAAAAGAUUCACCAGAUCCGGAACAUGGAACUCAUUUCCCAACUGAAUCUGUCUCAUACAUCAGAUACUGCUUAUAGGUUGAAUAGAGAUACACCUUCCCUUUUCCCGUGGUGGAGUUUACUGUGAACAGAAAUUGAAAUUUCCUCCAAAACUACAGCCCUUGUUUGGUAGAAAUUGCAUUCCCCCCUACUCCGCAGUAUCAAUAUUUAAACCACAUAAAUCCAAGGGAACACACACACACAUGUGCACACACGUACGCAGAGGUGAGCCUUCAAAUUCAAUACCUAACUGCAAACCUGCCUCCCCUCCCCCCCUUCCACCACCUAGCAACCACCACAGCAACAGUUCGUCAUACCGACACUGACUUUAGUAUGCAAGUCUCACACACACACACACACACACACACACACACACACACACACACACUAAACUGGUUAUUUUUGAAAGCAGUUGGCAGUGAUACACGCACCAUCUGAGUCACAUGUAAAUGUUGCCAGAAGGCGUUUGAGAUCGCGCGUCCACAUUUUAAAUAACCUUCGUAACCUGAAUGAUUUCUAGCACAUGAAUCAUAAACCAAGCUAGAGUUGUUCUCUGUCUAUCACAUGAAACAUGAAAAAAAUAAAAUGGUUUUAAAUUUGUAUUUGUUAAUAUUGAAGUGACACAUUAUAUUAUUAUAUUAUUAUAUAUAUUACAUUAUAUUACAUUACAUAUUGUUUGCAUUUGUCUGGCAUAGUCAUGUAAGUGCAUAAUUGUUAAAUUACUUUUUUUAUGUUGUGUAAUUGUUUGAUGUAUGGGUUAGUGUCAAACUUCUUUUAAUGUUAGUUAGUAUUUUAUCUCCACUAUAAUACCACAUUGUUCUUUUAUUAAUCUGUGUGCUAUAUUUUUUGUAAAAAAUGUGACAUUUGGAGUAUUUCACUGUUUCUGUAUCCUGUCAAAUCUACAGGUGAAAUACAGGUGUCAUUUUGAAUGCUAUUUGUUUCCAAUUUGUUUUUCCGGGCUUCCCAAAUAGAUCUCAGGGGUCAUCGGAUGAUUCAAAGAAUAAGGACAAAAUAAAUAAAAAAAUGUAA